AUGAUUUAAUUAACUAAAGAGCAUCUUCAUGACUAAAAUAAGAAGCUUACAGAAGAGAAUCAAAGACUGGAAUUGGUUGUCUACAGUCUCCAACGAUAAUUGUAAAAUCUUGGAUCUUUCAUAGAAAGAACAAAAUUGUUACAAGAGCAAGUUGAUGAGCUCAACCAAGAAUUGGGAAAUGUCAGAAGAGACAACAUUCAAUUACAAGAGAUCAUAGUCUCCUUGUAAUCUCAGCUAAGCUCAAACAUUAAAAACAUUCAUCUUGAGAAACAUCUUAAUGAAUUGGAAGUUAAUAAGAAAAUCUAAGAGGAAUAACUAAAUGUCCUUACUAAAGAAAAUGCUAGACUAUAGAAACUGGUGAAAGACUAUAACAAUAAACAAAUUUCUAAUAUUCAAUCAUCUGCGGCUAAACUAGUUGAAAUUGGAAAUAAAAUAGAUUUAAAAUUAGGUGAUUAGCCCCACAAAAGAAUGCUUAGCAAUCCUACAUUAUCAAGUCCCAAAGGGAUCUCUAAAUAAGUAUAUCAAAAUUUAGUUCAGUAACUUUCUAACUAGAGCACCGAAGAAAAGUCACUCUUUGCUUCUCAAGCAAAAAUCAAACUUAAAGAUUCGAAUAUGUUCUCUUAAACAACAUAUAAACUAUCAGGAUUUCAGGCUCUCUAAUUAGAUUCGCCUUUACCUUCGAUUUCUAACCUAACCAAAAAAUGA